UGUUGACAGUCGUAUCAGCCUACACAAAUAAAGUCAUAUAAAGAUGUUCACUGAUCUAAUACAUUAGCUUCAGCUUGCGUCUUUCAGGAGUUUAUUACAAACGUUUUCAGAUAUUGAUGUUUAUCAUGAAAAUUUUACUGCUGAUAGUGAUAACAAUUGUACAAUAUACCGAAUCAUUACAAACUGUAAAACGACAAGGAAUAUUUGGACUAUGUCAAGGAUGGGGAGCAGGAUGUGCAAUGGAUUUUCGCUCACCAAUUUUACCUCCAAAAAUAAUUAAACAAAAGCUUUACCAACCCAUUCCUAAAUCGAAACCGGAUGUUAGUUUUAGACCACAUUCAUUUUUCUUCACAUCAGGCGAGUCGUGGAAUCCUAUUGGAAAACGCACUGCCUGGUUUACAGAUAUACCAUUUUUAAGAAAUCCUUUAUUAAAGUACCCAUCUGUACAGAAGCUUCCAGUCAGGAAUCCAUUAUCAUUGCGUUAUCCACUUGUAUACCGCUCAUCAUUAGAGAAGUUUUUUCCAAGAAACUUUGUGGUAGAGUGAAGAAGUUGAAGAAGUUGAUGCGAAAAAUGGAUUCAUAAAAUGCUAAUAAAGUUGAGGUUUAGAGUAUCAUUGUAAACGCUAUAGAACAUUAAUAUCACAAAGUGAUUCACUUUAAAAAAUGAAGUUUAUACAUUUCAAACUUUAAAAAAAAAAAAAAUUAUCAAAUGUGUGAAAAGUUUCCUUUGUCUUUUUUUCUCGGAAAAUGCAUAUUUGAAUAUAUUGUACAUUUCAUCAUUAUGGUACCUAAAUGAUUGUGGAGAUUUCCAUGAUAUUUAUAAAGAUUAAAACCUGUAUAUU